CGUUAUGAUUGGUUAGAAUUAUCCAAUGAGCGUCAAGAAAACUGACAUUUGAACGAGAACGGCGCUCCGGUAGCGUUUGUGAUUUCGUGAACUUUGAGAUGACAUAAAGUUGAACGGGAAUAUUUGAGUCUUCGUUGGAUACUUUAACAAACAUAAACAACUACAGAGAAGUGUCUGUUCAUAGGCUCAGUCCGAGCAGAGGCCUAAAAUAUGUGUCAAGAAGUCUGACUAUUGUGCCGUGUUUCACAAGUUUGUGUAAAAGCAAAAGAAACCUAAUCCACCAUGGCUGAUCAGACAGCAGUGCAAUCCUCGUAUACCCAGGAAGAGGCUGAUGAAUGCAGUGAAAAUAUUCCGCCUGGGCUCAGUGCUGCAGCAGAGACUUCAAGACUCAAAGUCCAGGUGGAAGGUGUAAACAGAUGUGACUCCAUAGAGUCAACCCCAUCUCCAACAAGCAGCAGCGGCAAUGAAUGCAAAGCAAAGUCACGGAUUUCUGGUUUCCAGUCUGCUCUAACACCAGUUUUAAAAUACUUAAAUAUUGGUAAUAAACGUCAGUCUCUAGAUCCUUUGAAACAUGUCAAACCAUUUGGUGUCAGCACAGUGAAUUGUCAAAAAUCAACAGGAGGCCAUUCUGUUGGACCACUGGGUGGUAAAGAUGCUUCUAUGUGCUGGCUGAAUGAUGAAUACCUGCCUGAAAUCACUCUACUUGACAGUACAUGUGAUUCCACAAUGCAGCUGACUAGAAAUGAUUCAGUGCUUCCUGAGAGUGCACCUGCGACACCCGUGCAAGCCAAGAGUAUCGGUGACGGUUUUACCGCUCUCGACCCUCCGAUGUUGAGUUCCUCCACUGAUUUAAAAACAACUGCGCAUAUACCCUGCCCUCUGAAUAAAGCAGCGGAUUCUCUGCAGUCUGAAAUUAGCAUUCCCAAAGUGGAAAUUGAUCCUUCCAGUCAGGCUAGCUCCAGUGAAACUUCCCUGAGUCACAGUAGCUCAGCUGGUAAGACGGGUGUUAACACUGUUUUAGGGGAAGCUGGUAGUGCAGCCCUUCACGCCCAAAGCAACACUUUGCAUUGUAAACCUCGUAAACAGAAUGACACAUUAACUUUGUCAGACAAAAGUUUAAGUGACAGUCACCGGGUUACUAUGGACAAGCCCUCUCCUCUUAGCAUCUGUAAUGCAAUCAAAAGGCAUGCUCCUGAGUGCCGGCUGGAUGGUAGCUACUUUGCAGAAAUUACCCUCCUUGAUGUUACACGUGAUUCAGAGCUCUCACCAGGAGUGUCACCCAUGGAUGUCACUCAGGAUAUUUCGCCACCGGAUAGUUUGAAGGUCAGCAGACCUUUGACCGAGCACAGUGGAAUAAUUGUGGCAGAGCCUGGCAGCACAGACAGGAGUCAAAGUGAAGAACUGUCAGGUGCACCCUCUGAGAGUUGUGUGGAGAAAACCAUUAAAACCUCCUUGGAAGGAACCCAGGAUAUUACUGUGGGCAGUGUUUUGGAAAACAGAAGAUCUUCAUCAGAGCAGAGUGGGCAAAGUUUGGACACACUUGGGACCCAUCCUGUUAAUAUUACCCGUGAUUUAACCUCCUCCAGUGACAUGUCUGCUCAGGGUGAACAUUUCUCUACUUCAGAUAUAGAAGCUUCACUGUGA